GUAGCUCCUCCUUCGCUUGCGCCCUCUACAUACCUGCAGGAGACAUUUGCACUUUUCUUCAGACGCUGCUUCAGUAUACGGACUACGUUGUCGCACGUCAUCGCUGUAUAUGAACGGAUCAUGCGACCCAAACACGAAGAAUUGGAAAAUUGAGCACUGGGUGUGAAAAGAGGUGAUUUCAGAAGCCCCUGGCCAGAGUGUAGUUGGCGAGCAGAUGUGUAGGACCUGUCACGUGCGGACAUGAGAAAGCCACGGCGUAAAGCACAUCAAGAUAUCAAAAGACAACAGUCUUCAUCUUUUUGUUUUUCAUGUUCUCCCACACGUGAAAGUCUGACCUAUGCUCAGGCACAGCAAAUGGUAGACGUCGAAAUUGAAGGGCGUCUUCAUAGAAUCAGUAUUUUUGAACCUCUUCGGAUUGUUUCUGAAGAUGAGCUUACAGCUCAAGACAUAACUGAGUGCAAUAGCAAUAAGGAAAACGCUGAGCUAACUCUUUCUACCAACUGUCGGAAAACCUCCACCAAAAGUAAAAAGAAUGAGCUUUGCCCAAAACAUGCAGUGAAUGCUAAUGUUGAACAACUACCACAUCCUGUAUUCCGUGUAGUGGAGACAGAUUCUUUAGAAAACAAACUGGAAACCCCAAUUUUGCAAGACAAACUUUAUCGCUAUAUUGAGCGUCCCACGGAAGAGCUAGAUAAAGAUGUUGAAUAUGAUCUUGAUGAAACUGAUUUAGCCUGGUUGGAGAUAAUCAAUGAGAAACGUCACACUGAUGGCCUUUCUACAGUACCCGCUGACACAUUUGAACUUUUGUUAGAUAAGUUGGAAAAGGAAUCUUAUCGUCAAAGCCGCUGUACCGGUGUGAUACAUUCGCCUGUUGAUGAAAAUGCAUUUUGUUGUGUAUGCCUGGAUGAUGAGUGCCAUAACAGUAAUGCUAUAUUAUUUUGUGAUAUGUGCAACCUUGCAGUUCAUCAAGAGUGCUAUGGUGUACCAUAUAUCCCAGAAGGACAGUGGCUCUGCCGCUGCUGUCUGCAGUCGCUAUCGAAACCUGUAAGUUGUGUGCUCUGCCCUAACCAGGGUGGAGCUUUUAAACAGACUACUGAUGGGAGAUGGGCCCAUGUAGUAUGUGCAAUCUGGGUUCCAGAGGUAUGCUUUGCCAAUACAGUAUUUCUGGAGCCUAUUGAAGGUGUCGAUAAUAUUCCACCUGCUCGGUGGAAGCUGACCUGUUACCUUUGUAAGCAAAAAGGACAAGGUGCAUCAAUUCAGUGUAACAAGGUAAACUGUUAUGCAGCAUUUCAUGUCACAUGUGCGCAGAGAGCUGGCCUGUUUAUGAAGGUAGAACCGCUACGUGAAACUGGGCUGAAUGGCACCACCUACACUGUUCGCAAGACUGCAUAUUGUGAAGCUCAUUGCCCCCCUGGCACUCAACAGAAAGAACCCAUCAAAGAAUAUGAAGGUGUCAAUGACCAGGACAGGAUAGUAAAAAAUAAAGAUGAAAAAAGUAAGAAGCGGAAAAGUGGAAAGAAGUUCUAUGAGAGUAUUUCUGAAAAGAAUUACAUAGAACCGGUGCAUAGGAGAGGUCCUGUGACACUUAUGACUGUCAUACAGAUUCCUUUGUGUAGGUUAAUUAAGAUUUCUAGUGGAGUUUGCAUGCAGAAGAAGACUCGCUUCUUACAACACCUGCAUAGUUAUUGGCUACUAAAACGCCAGUCCAGGAAUGGGGCUCCUCUGAUCCGAAGACUUCACUCACAUAUGCAGUCCCAAAGAAGUGGUGGACAGAAAGAAAAUAAUUCUAAGUCUUCAUCAGUUAAGGAGGCAAUAAAGUAUUGGCAAAAACUUCGACAUGAUCUUGAGAGAGCUAGAUUGCUAACAGAACUAAUUCGCAAGAGAGAGAAGCUGAAAAGAGAACAAGUAAAGUUACACCAGGCAGCUAUGGAGUUGCAGUUGACUCCAUUCAAUGUAUUCCUUAGAACAACUCUGGACUUGUUGCAGGAGAAAGAUUCUGCCAAAAUCUUUACCGAACCUGUUAAUCUCAGUGAGGUACCAGAUUACAUGGAUUUUGUUGUGCACCCCAUGGACUUUUCAACUAUGCGCCACAAACUGGAAUGUCACCAGUAUCCAUCCUUUCUAGCUUUUGAGAAUGACUUUAAUUUAAUGGUUUCUAAUUGUUUGCGUUACAAUUCUCGGGAAACUGUGUUCCACCAAGCUGCUGUACGUCUUCAUCACCUGGGCACAGCUAUACUGUGUAAUGCGAGGCACCAAGCAGAAAGUAUUGGAUUUGAUCCAUGCUCACUAAUGCAUCUUCCAGAGAAGCCUCAUGCUGAUGACUACUAUCGUUUUUCAUGGGAAGAGGUGGAUGAGCUCUUACGUCCUGAAAACAGAACCCAUCUGUCUCCUGAAUACCAGCUGAAAGAACUUUUGGAGAAACUGGAUAUUGUCACCAACAUGCGAUCUAGUGGUGCUCGCACAAGACGACUGAAAUUGUUGCGCAGAGAAAUAAAUAUUCUACAACAAAGAUUAACACCACGUAACAAAGACUAUCUGGAAGUUUGCCCAGAUGGAACACCAAAGCAUCCUCCUAUGCUUGAGCCUGCAAAUCCAAGUCAUCCAAUGCAAAAUGCCACAGAUUUUAAGCUUCCACCUUCUUUGCAAAGUGUAGCACACAGUCCUGUCUGUAAUCAGACAAGGAAUCUCUCUCCUGGUCAGAGUUCUUUUACAUUGGUGAAACCCCAGAAUGAAACACAAACGACAUCUUUAAAAAGUAGAUCAUCUUUAAGUGGAAAUGAAAAUGAUGAAGAGCAAACCACCUUCCAUCCACCUACAGAAGUCUGUCAUGGAGGUGCAGGGAGUGGCUCGGAUUCUGAAUGCAUUGGAGAAUCAAUCUUUUAUUCCUCUGGGAAGGUAACUCCUUUAGGAAAACCAGCACUCUCACACUUGCCUCUGCUUGAAACCAUGAAUGGUGAUGACAAUCAAGAAAGCCUCCUGAUGCCCUUUGAUAGUUGCACAGAACUUAAGCCUCUUCAGUUAGUUUGGGCCAAAUGUCGUGGAUAUCCUUCUUAUCCUGCUUUGAUUAUUGACCCCAAUAUGCCUAGGGAGGGAUUACUUCACAAUGGAAUACCUAUUCCUGUGCCCCCAUUAGAUGUGAUUAAGUUGGGGGAGCAGCGACAGCUGGAAAAUGUUGGACAAAAACUCUUCUUGGUUUUAUUUUUUGACAAUAAGAGAACCUGGCAGUGGCUUACCAGUGAUAAGGUUCUACCUUUGGGAGCUGAUGAAACAGUAGACAAGCUGAAAAUGCUGGAAGGCCGAAAAACAAGCAUCCGCAAGUCUGUGCAGGUGGCUUAUGAUCGUGCCAUGUCCCAUCUGAGUCGUGUCAGAGGCUACCACCCAUUCAUAGCUUCAAACUACCUAUACUAAUUACACUGGUUCUAUAAUGGGAAGUACUGUACACUUUCUAGUAAUGAAAGGCCUCAUGUAUAAAAACCAGUAGAUAGAAAGUGGUUCUUCAUGGCAACCAGUCAGAGUCCAGAUUUCGUUUUUCUAUUGAAGGUUAAAUAAAUGAAAGAACGGAUCUGAUUUAUUGCCUAAGGCAUUUGCUAUUCUUUUUAUUUCCUCUGUGUUUAUACACAAGUCUUUAAUGAUGAGUCUAAGCAAAACUUUCUAUUUAAAUUUUAUCCAUCUUGCUCUUUACUAAGAAGUCUUUCAUACAGUGAUUAUUCGAUGAGUUCUUUAUGCCAAAUUACUGAACUAGAGCAUGUUCUAUUAAACCCUAUUCCCAAGCCUAUAAAUAGAAUAAUGCAGUACUUGUUUGCUAAUUCAUACUUUUUUUUUUUUUUUUUUAUGUGGUGUGUUGUCAGCUUUUAAAAUUUACCAAAGCAUACAAUGGCUUACAAGCUUGUAAAAUAAUAUAUUGCCCACGUCAUAUUUUAAUACAAGUAUGAUUUUUGAAUUUUAGAGUUAAAUUUGAAUUGUCUAUUUCACAGAGCUAUACUAUAAAUAAUUGCUGGCUUCAAUAAAUAUAUCAUGCAAUAGUUCAUCAAAAGUAAAAUUGAAGAAAAAUAACCUGCUUUAUUAAACUGGAUUAAUAUGUGUGUGAA